AUGUCUGUGCUCGUUCUUUAUGCCGCGAUUUUUUCUCUUAUCAAUUUGCUGCAAAAUGAUGAUUCGACAAAAGAAGAACGACCAUCUAAGCGGGUUCGCAGUGACGUUGAUAUUGACCCUCUCAUGAGUGCAGUGUUACCAGAUCCUUCAUCGUUUUCUGAUCCAAAAAUCUGGAAGGGGCAUCAGUUAGAAUCUCCGCUUCUUCUUAAUCAUCGCCCAUCAACUGCAAACGGAGUUCCAAUCACAUUGUCUCACCCAAUCUUUGCAAGAUUCCAAGAGCUCUGCAAUAGCUGUGAAGUCAAUCAAGGAGAAUGUGACUUUGUUACUUCAGUAAUGGAUCCAUUCAAAGAUGAGGAUAACAGAAGAGAGAAGUUUAUUGAGAUUGUGGAGCAGUACUUUCGUCGCACCUGUGAGCGAACUUUCUUUGGCAAGACACAUACAGAUGGAUGCAUUACGAUGCGCAAGGGCCUUUUAUGGAUCCCACUAGCAAUACUAGAAGUUAAACCUGAAUUGGGUAUUGGUAGUGGUUGUCCAUAUGUGCAAGCUACUGCAUAUUAUGGCCGAUAUAUUGUUGAUGGAUUAUCUGAAGCACAUAAAAAGGAUCAUGAGCAGCUGUGGUACAGCAGUUGUUGUCCCACAUUUCUCAUUUAUCUAACAGGUCCCUAUGUUGGAAUUGCUGGUGCUUCAAUGUUGCUGGGAGCAAGAGUAUUCUGUGCUCUGAAAAUUUGCCUUUCAGAAUUGGAGACUUAUUAUGAAAAUCUUAAAUUUAUUUCAAAAAAUGAUAAUAUUCCCCGACAAGCUGCUUUUCCCUACAUUCAAGAAAUUGAUUUUAAUGAUGUCACAGUCUAUUUCAGCUACUUAAAACGAAUUGCUAAUAAGUUGUUGAAGUUCCUAAUGAAGUUAUUUGGUUGUCAGAAUAUUUCUGGGGGGAUGGAUGAUGGUGAUUAUGGAAUCUGUGAUUUAGACAGUCAGAUGAAAAAAAAAGGCGGAGACAUCAUGUUCAUG